AUGUGGCAAUUCACCAAUCACCUUUUGGCAGACUUACGGGAAAAAUGGGAACGUAUCCAAAAAUGAGAAUGGGCGUUUGUUUUUUGAAAGCAAACCACGCCUUUGCAACUCCCCCCCAAAAAGUUGACAGUGCUGUAGGUCUUUACAGCAGCUUUCGAAUGAGCUGUUGCUCAAGCUGUAUGUCCUCGGCAUCGCCGAGGUAGCCAGCAUCGCGAGAAAUCAGGUCGAAACCAGCACGAAUCGCUUUUUGCGCCCGUGAG